AAAAACUAAUCUGCGCAUGUCCAUGACAUUCAUACUGAAACUGAAACAAUUCUUGUGUGUCGUUUACGGAAACAUCUUUGAGUGAAACUACCUCGUGUCCAUUACAUGUGAACUAAGUUGUUUAGAUGCAGUAGACUACGCUAACUGCUGUAACCUGCUCUCUCUUUUUUACUCACUUUCUUGAAGAAAGAAAUUUUAGCUUGACCUGAAACUGCGCAAACCUCUUCAUUUCUUCGGCUGGAGAUGUCCGGUACAACAGAUAAACGACGAUAGGAAAGAAUAAUAUUGAGAAAAAAAUAUUCAAUAUGGAGUCAGGAGCAACGGGACCGUGUCCAGACAUGGGACAGAAGGUCCCAGAAGAAGAGCUGAGAAUGAUCCUGAUUGGAAAGGUUGGAUCUGGGAAGAGCGCCUCAGGGAACACCAUCCUGGGCCGGAGUCAGUUCCCGUCUAAGUUAAGCGGAAGCUCUGUUACCAAGGUCUGCCAGCUGGGGACCAAGAACCAUGUCUACUCUGUGAAGGAGAAGGCGGGGAAAAGGAAGAAGGUGGUGGUGGUGGACAUGCCAGGUUUUGGAGACACACACCUGACCAAGGAGCAGAUCAUCACGGAGGUCAGCAAAUGCUUGGCCCUGACGGCCCCCGGCCCACACGCCUUCCUCUUGGUGGUCCAGGUGGGACGCUUCCCAGAGGGGGAGAACCUGGCAGUCAAUAUGAUGGCUGAUGUAUUUGGUGAAGCGGCACUCCGCAACCAAACGGUGGUGCUGUUCACCAGGGGAGAUGACCUGGAGGAGUCGAUGGAGCAGUACCUGGCCUUCGCACCUGCUAGGCUUGAGGAUUUGAUCCGCAAGUGUGGAGGCAGGUACCACGUAUUCAACAACCGUAUAAAAGAUGUGAAUCAAGUUGAUGAGCUACUGAGUAAGGUGGAGAAGGUUAUGGAUGACAACGGUGGAAUGUAUUACACCAAAUCCAAGAAGAAGUGGGAUAUGAGGAAGGUGGUGGGGAAGGUGGUGGGGAAGGUGGGGGGGAAGGUGGUGGUGGUGUUGGGGGUCACGGUGGUGGCCGCUUGUGUGCUGGCUUUAGUACUUUGGUGGUAUUUGUCCCCCCACUAACCGCUAGCGCUACGAAAAGUGCUAUAUGCAGUCCAUUUACAUUUACAUUUAACCGUGGGGGGGAUCACUAGACUGGGUAGCCCCGCCCAUUCUGCCGGCAUUCGCACUGCACAAGGGUCUGAGAAGGGCAAUACAUUUCUUUCUGCUUCCGAUACGUUUUAAUGGCAGCCAAUCCCCUAGCUUGCUUCUCCCCCGCGCCGCGCUAUUGGCUGGUUUAACACAAUGACGACAUGGAAGUGGCGGCAAGCUGCCAAUUGCGUACAGAGUCAGUUGAACUAGGCCCGAUGAUCACGCAUCUUCAGCUGAAGAAAAUUGCAGCAGCUUCCCCAGACCAACGUGCAAUCUACGAGUCUGGCAAUAGCCAGGCCACAGAGGUAUUGCUAGAGAAGUUGGGGGAAAUAAUCGAAUUGCCAUUAUUUUGAACAAUAUUGCGAUUAAGAUUUAAUUGGCCAUUUUUUAAUUUAUGAAGUUCCUUAUGUCCUAUUGUACUGUUCUGUAUUAUUCACUAAAAAAAACAUAAAUCAUUCUUUAGUAUGACCAACACAAUAUUUGAAGCAGUCAAUCUGCUCUUUCCUUUAGGCCAGGCCGAUGUGUUGAGGUGGAUUGAUGUUAAAACAUCUUUAUUUACUAUUAAAUAGUAAAAUAUAAAUAAAUAUAAAUCUUACUGAUCUCCAGUCAGUAACGGUAACAAAGCACAAUAUAUAUAGUUGUGUAUAGAAAAUAAAGGUAUUUGGAUUCAUUUUAGACCUAACGUCAUGAGGGUUGUGGGUUUUACAGUUUAUUUAAUUUUGCAUAAAACUGGCUUCAUAAAUGUUUUUAUUGUCGUGAUUUGUUCACUGGAAAAUAAUAAAUGAAGGAUGUAUUGAUUUCACAGUCAUAUAAAUGACUUGCAUAUUUUAAAUCAAUAAACAAAUGAUUUCCUGUAUAGCCUACUGAUCAUUUUGACAAAAACAUUUUACAUAAGAAUUUAGAGUGAACUGGGACUCUAUUAAUAUUUACAACUAGGUUUAUCAUUAAAUUGUAGGCAUUGUCAGAUAAUUUUUCAAAAAUUUAGAAACAUUUUCUAUCGAGAUCAAUAACUUGAAUAGGCCUAUAUGAGAAUAUUAUAUUACAUAAAUGUAAUAUAAGAAUACUUGACAAUACAGUAUGUCAUUGAUAUUCUGCCGCCCUCGCCCACACACACACACAAUUUCAAUUUAACUAAUGUUGUUCUCACAGCCUGGCUCGGCAGUACGUUGACAUGCAGGCCUUAACAAGAGAGACUGGCUUCAGACAUCCACCCACACGAACUUCCGCUGCAGACUUCCACGCACAGAAACAUCCACCAGCACACCGGAAAUCGGAAAAUAAAAGUUGGGCGUUACCAGAGAAUGUCUAAUAUGAGGAGAAUGGGCACUCGCUGGUUAGUUCCGUGCCGUUUCUCAAAGUACGCGUCCUACGCAUGGGUGGAUUACUGCACGGGCACACCGGGCACAUGCCCAGGGGCCCAAGGGCUCAGGGGGGCCCUUGGGCCCCCCUGAGCCGCCCCACAAGUUACUAACAGUGGGGUCCAGGGCCCCACAAGUUACUAACAGUGGGGCCCAGGGCCCCAGCGUUAGUAACUUUUAAUGUUGCAUUGUCGAAGCAAUCAGUAGAGAAAUACAAAAAUUCAAGCGAAAACAGAAAUAGUAGGCCUAUUACUACUGAGUAAAUAAAUUAAUAAAAAAGAUCAGGGGCACUAUUUCAGUUUGUGAAUUUGAGACCGGUCACGAACAAGUCACUGUCAUUUAAACAUGGAGCAACGGCGAACUCUAAGUGGAGCGUUGAAGCAAUGAAUUUAUUCAGUUCAGAUCAUUUAACAAGCCUGGAGAUGAUGCAACCCCAAAACUCUGCAAUCUAUGUUUCCAAAUGUGUUAUGGAUGGGCGUGAGGAAUCGAUUACUCGAGUAGGCCUACUCCUCGUUACAAAUGAACUCGGUUGGUGGACAGGCAAACUCGAGUUUGCAUAUACACACACAAACAAAGUUUUCUGAAGCAAAUGUAGGCCUAUCAAUUUUCUAUCGGCGCUGUCAUGCCAAAUUUGUACCGGCUGCCAAAUUUGUACCGGGCGCGUCAUCCAUACGUAAUCCACUCCAAAUCUGCCUGGCAACAGAUGAUCGCUUCGUCCGUUGCCUGGCAACGAACGAUCGCGUCGAAUGACGUGAACAUUCGCAAACCUUCUAUCUAGCGAUCCGUUAUCUGUAUUGUGCUAUUUCGUCCUUGACCUGCUUUAAACACUCAGUUUACUUGCUAAAUUUGAUUAAACAAUUAAAUACAAUACAAAUAUAAAGUAAAAACAAGUGUUAUCUGUAAUGAUAUCAACAUCAGUUAUUAGACCAUCACACGGAGCAUGCGCAGUUGGAUUGGCGCGCUGCAUGUUGAUGUCUGUUCCAAGAUACAUUGUGUGUUUAUUAAGGAACCCAACAAAACAUUACAUUAUCUAGCGAUCCGUUAACUGUAUUAUGUUAUUUAGUCUUUGGCAACAUGAGCGUGAAUGUUUUUUGAAACCUGCCCGGCAACGGACGACGCGAUCAUCUGCUGCCAUGCAGGUUUGGAAUGGAUUACGUAUGGAUGACGCGCCCGGUACAAAUUUGGCAUGACAGCGCCACUAACGCAUGACGUGGGCACAAAGAAAAUUAAAUGCAUCCAUUUCCAUGGCGCGUUCCGUGCCGUGUGCAGGCACGCCAGAAUUCAAAAAGUUAAGAGAUGGCGGUUAAAGCAAACCGCAGCGAAGAAUUGAAAUACUUUAAAGAAAUAGGAGAUCAUAAGGUGAAAUGUUAAAUAUGCCAAGCGAAAUCGAGCUACCAGAAAGUACUAUGCGGCAACAUAUGCUCCUGAAACACAACGGUGAGUUCGGGAAAGCAGACCCGCAGCAACGGUGAAAGUGAAAGUGUGUCGGCUAUUUUCACCGCCGCAAGACGCAGCUGUAAUCCCGGGCGUAGGGCUGAACGAUUUCAGGAAAAGAUUGCAUUGCGAUUUUUCUGGCAGAUAUUGCGAUUUCGAUUUUCUUCACGAUUUUCUUCAAAUCAAGCUUCAGUGCAAUAUUCAUUAUGUACAGUAAUAUUUACAAACAUGACAUCAUACCUUUAAAACAUUACAUGCCAUUACUCUAAUGUAAGAAU